CGCGCCUCGCUCUGGUCCCUGCGGCUGGCGGCCGAGCCUUGUGCCUCCGCCAUAUUGUCUGUGUGCGCCCGGCGGGCGGCGGCGGCGGCGGCUCCGGCAGGGGUUUCCAAGAGCUUGCCUGGAAUCGACAGAGCCUGAUUGCAGCACGGGCCAUCUCCUCUGGAUCCCGGAAACCUGCUUUGAAGAGGAGACGGCGGCCGCCGGAGCCGUCGGUUCUGGCGCUGGGAGCAGAGCGUUUCCCAGCCCGGGUCUCGGACUCCGUCGAGGUGCCAGACCCGUCCGUCAGCAGAAGGAUCGAGGAGAAACGGGGUGGUCGAUGCGGCCGUAGGGGCAGCGGGUCGAGGAUCUCCGCUGUCGGUCAGAGGAGCCCCGAAGCGAGCCCGCCCUGUGCCUGCUCCCUUGCCCAGGCCGCUCUGGGCAGUUUCGUUCGCACAGUUGGAAGAAUCUGAGGCCUGCCCGAGGCCUUUAUCCUCUGUCCAACCUUGGAGUUCGGGUAGCCUCUGAUUUCAGACAUCUCCUCCCUUCCACCUGCCAACCUGUCUGAUAUGUCGGGACCCGUGCCGAGCAGGGCCAGGGUUUACACGGAUGUGAACACACACAGACCCCGGGAGUACUGGGACUACGAGUCGCAUGUUGUUGAGUGGGGAAAUCAAGAUGACUACCAGCUAGUUCGAAAAUUAGGCCGAGGCAAAUACAGUGAAGUAUUUGAAGCCAUCAACAUUACAAAUAAUGAAAAAGUAGUUGUUAAAAUUCUUAAGCCUGUUAAAAAGAAGAAAAUCAAGCGUGAAAUCAAGAUCUUAGAAAACUUGCGAGGCGGUCCCAAUAUAAUCACUCUUGCAGAUAUAGUAAAAGACCCUGUGUCUCGGACCCCUGCUUUGGUUUUUGAACAUGUAAACAACACAGACUUUAAGCAAUUAUAUCAGACAUUAACAGAUUAUGAUAUUCGAUUCUACAUGUAUGAGAUUUUGAAGGCUCUAGAUUACUGCCAUAGCAUGGGAAUCAUGCACAGAGAUGUGAAACCUCACAACGUCAUGAUUGACCAUGAGCACAGAAAGCUUAGACUAAUAGACUGGGGUUUGGCUGAAUUCUAUCACCCUGGCCAAGAGUAUAAUGUCAGAGUGGCUUCCAGAUAUUUCAAAGGACCUGAACUCCUGGUAGAUUAUCAGAUGUAUGAUUACAGUCUGGAUAUGUGGAGCUUGGGUUGCAUGUUGGCUAGUAUGAUAUUCCGAAAGGAGCCAUUUUUCCAUGGCCAUGACAACUAUGAUCAGCUGGUGAGGAUAGCCAAAGUGCUGGGAACAGAAGACCUCUACGACUACAUUGACAAAUACAACGUCGAACUGGAUCCACGUUUCAAUGACAUCCUGGGCAGGCACUCCCGUAAGCGAUGGGAGCGCUUUGUUCAUAGUGAGAACCAGCAUCUGGUGAGUCCAGAAGCUCUGGAUUUCUUAGAUAAGCUGUUGCGAUAUGAUCACCAGUCACGACUCACAGCAAGAGAAGCCAUGGAACACCCCUACUUCUAUCCCAUUGUGAAAGACCAGGCUCGGAUGAGCUCCUCCAACAUGCCGGGUGGCAGCACUCCUGUCAGCAGUGCGAGUAUGAUGUCAGGGAUUUCUUCAGUGCCAACACCUUCACCCCUUGGACCUCUAGCAGGCUCACCCGUCAUUUCUGCCACCACCACGCUGGGGAUGCCUGUUCCAGCUGCUGCCGGCGCUCAGCAGUAGUGACGGGCUCUGUCUCCUGCUGCCUGAGCUGAGUCAGGUGGGGAAGAGGUUUCCCCCUCCGCCUCUCCUCAGGACGCAGCUCGUGCCUGGCAGGGGAAGGGAGGGGAUGAACGCUUUGGAGGCACCGUGUCUGAACUGUUGCUUGUGGAUUUAUAGUAGUUCAGUCAUUAUAUACAAAAUUAUUAUAGGCUGAUUUUUUUCUUUUUUUUUUUUUACUUGAACUUUUCGUAACUCAGGGGAUUCCCUGAAAAUACCUACAGAUGGAAUAUUUCUUGGACAGUUUCCCACCCCCCCCACCCCACAAAAAAAAAAAAAGUACUCUUCAUUUAAGAACAAAGACGAAUCAACAGCAUUUCCAAGCUCUUGCAUCCUGCUGGAAAUCUCUUCACGUUCCCACCAUUGUUACUCCUCCAUGAGCCUACGCCCUGGGGGGAUCGUGCUGUUCUCCAGAGACCACCACCCCAGGUCUCCAUGAGGCAGGGAAGGGGGAUUCUUAACGCACCCCACAGCCUGCGUUCGCCUCAGCCGGGGCACGCUGAGGAGAUGCCCCCAGUAGGGAGAGGUGGUCUAAAUUUAAAAGAAGCGCAGAUAAUGUCUAAAACCCUCUUUCGAUUGAAUCAUGUCUCCUCGGGAGCCAGCCACAAUGCCGACUCACCCCCUUGCAUGUAAUUUUAGUCUUAAACCAUGAAGUUGCUAAAACACGAAGUUGCUAAAACACGAAGUUACUGAUCCGACUUGAAGUUAACUGAUCUCCACCUCCUGGCGAAGGUGCUCCCGGGGAGGAGGCUGGGCUCUGCUCAGCUCCUUUCUCACCGAGGCCUUUUCCUGCCCUUGCUCGGCUUGGAUCUCAGUUUGUUCUCGGCUAUCUUGUUUUUAAAUCGUUUAUAUAGGUUCCGAGCCCCUGGCUACUUAAGAGCUGGAAAACCCCAGGGCUGCGCCAAGUCAGAUACAAGCCAGCCACCUCUUCGCCCCGGCCCGGCCCGGUCCCCUCCCUCGCGUGCCAUGUGCGGAGGACGCCGGUGCCCUCGGUCCCCCCUCGGUCCCCUCCCGGUCCCCUCACGGUGCCCCGGGGAAGGAGCCAGCAGCCGCCGGUGCCCGCGGCGGUCCCUCAGCGCCCCGCGAGCCCCCCGUUCCAGCCCCGCUGUGUAUAUAUAUCCUUUGUCCUUCAUAUGUGAAAGAUCCAGUGUUGGAAUUUUGGUGUAAAUAAACAUUUGGUUUUAUUUAUCGAGGUUA